GGGGGGGGGGGGGGGGGGGCGUCCGGCGGGGCCGGGUGCUGACCCCCGACACCAUGAACCCCGCCAUCCGCCGCGUGGAGUACGCGGUGCGCGGCCCCAUCGUCACCCGCGCCCUGGAGAUCGAGCAGGAGCUGCGAAAGGGUGUCCCCAAACCCUUCACCGAGGUGAUCAAGGCCAACAUCGGUGACGCGCACGCCAUGGGCCAGCAGCCCAUCACCUUCCUGCGCCAGGUGACCGCGCUCUGCCUCUGCCCGGAGCUCAUGAAGGACGCGUCCCUCCCCAGCGACGCCAAGGAGCGAGCGCAGCGCCUGCUGGAGGCGUGCGGCGGCCAGAGCGUGGGGUCCUACAGCGCCAGCCCCGGGAUACAGAUGGUGCGGGAGAACGUGGCGCGCUACAUCGAGCGCCGCGACGGCGGCAUCCCCGCCCGCUCCGAAGACAUCUUCCUGUCCACGGGCGCCAGCGACGCCAUCGUGAACGUGCUGAAGCUGCUGGUGGCGGGCUCGGGCGUGUCGCGCACGGGGGUGCUGAUCCCCAUCCCGCAGUACCCGCUGUACUCGGCGGCGCUGGCCGAGCUGGAGGCCGUGCAGGUCAAUUAUUACCUGGCCGAGGAGCGCUGCUGGGCGCUGGACGUGGCCGAGCUGCGCCGGGCGGUGGCCGAGGGCAUCCAAGCAGUGUCCCCAUGUCCCCUCUGGGUGUCCCCAGGCCAGGUGCAGAGCCGCGAGUGCAUCGAGGCCGUCAUCAAGUUCGCCUACGAGGAGAAACUUUUCCUCAUGGCUGACGAGGUGUACCAGGACAACAUCUACGCCGAGGGCUCGGCCUUCUACUCGUUCAAGAAGGUGCUGAAGGAGAUGGGGCCGCCCUACGCCGAGGAGGUGGAGCUGGCCUCGUUCCACUCCAUCUCCAAGGGAUUCAUGGGAGAGUGCGGCCUGCGGGGCGGCUACGUGGAGGUGGUGAACAUGCACCCCGAGGUGAAGGCCGAGCUCUCCAAGCUGGUGUCGGUGCGCCUGUGCCCGCCCGUGAUCGGACAGAUGAUCCUGGACACCGUCGUGGACCCGCCCAAACCCGGAGAGCCGUCCUACGAGAGAUUCCAGGCUGAGAAGGAGGCGGUGCUGGGCGCGCUGGCCGAGAAGGCGCGGCUGACGCAGGAGAUUUUCAACCAGACGCCGGGGAUCCACUGCAACCCCGUGCAGGGCGCCAUGUACUCCUUCCCCCGCAUCGACCUCCCGCCCCGCGCCCUGGCGGCCGCAAAGGAGAAGAAGCAGGCCCCGGACAUGUUCUUCUGCAUGCGGCUCCUGGAGGAGACGGGGAUCUGCGUGGUGCCGGGCAGCGGCUUCGGCCAGAAGGAGGGGACCUUCCACUUCCGGAUGACGAUCCUGCCCCCCACGGAGAAGCUGAAGAUCCUCCUGGAAAAGCUCAGUGCCUUCUACACCAAGUUCGUCAAGGAAUUCUCGUAACGAGGGCGCGGCGCUAAUUAACGUCAUCCCCGAUGUCACCUCCCCAUUCCGGGAGUAUCCAGCACUUUUUAUUCUUUGGGAAUUCCGGGGCAGGUCCCCCCAUCCUCUGGGAGGUGUCCCCAAAUAAAGGACAGUGACCAG